AUGUAUGCGAACGACACCGAUAACGAGAGCUCCACGUCGAAGGAGACGCCCAAACCCCGCGCCGGGCCCAGCAAAGAGGAGGAGAGACCGGUGAUUAUCACAAAAGUCGACACCAGAGAGGCUAUUACCGAAACGUAGGUGUCAAUUAAAAAUUCGGAUGGUUUGAGAAAACGGUCCCGUUCAAAUUCGGCCCUAAAGCUUUAAUUUUUAGUCUAAAAACUUUUGUGUCCGUGAAAUGAGGUAAAAUGCGAUGAAAACAACCUAAAAAAUGGAGAAAUUCCUAAAGUAGAGUUACGAUUUUAAAGCGGAGUAGGACUUUAUAAAGGCCUUUGAUUAGUGCCGAUUGAGGGGAGUUUAUAAAAUUUUUUUAUUUUUUUUUAAAUUUUUCGACGGGUUGAUUUGUCUCUAAAGCCGUAUAUACAGAUGUUUUCUGAGGGACUGCAGAAGAAAAACGUAUAAUUUUUUUUUCGGAAAUUUUGGUCCAAACGCUUGGCUAAAACAGUUGAAAAAAAUGUCACUCUGCUUUAGACAGUAAGUCAUUUUUUGGGAAGCUCUGUGAAACUGGUAAAAUUUAGAAAUUUCAAAAUUAGUAUAUUCAAAAAAAAAUCAAAAAAUUUUUUAGUGAAAAGUUUUCAGUCUGUCGGAAAAGUAAUGAGCAAAAUGUCACUGCGCUGAUACUAAUAACAUUGAAAAGCAAUUUGAUUUUCUCCGCGACACAAUUCAUUUUCUCGGCGGCGAUCACAAUUUUCGAUGCGACAGAGUGCUCAUUAUUUUCCCGACAGAUUGCUAAAAAUAGCUGAAAAAAGCAAAUUCUUUGCCAAUCAUUUCUAAACUUUACAAAUCUAAAUCCUCAUUUUCAGCUCGAACCAAACAAAGCCUGUUGCUGUGCCGCGGAAAAAGCAGAGCGCUACUGGCAGUAAUGUCAGCAAAUCAUCGGUGGGUGACAAGGAUUUCGGAGUGAAUCAACCGAAGACUCCCGAGAUGAGAAGUCGAAAAGCGGCCGCUAAAAAGAAGACCUCGAGUUUCGAGCCGGUCGAGGAAUUGGCGACCAGACGGCCUUCGCUUGGAACGAGUGAGUAUUCAGUUCAUUUGCUGUAAAGAUAUGUAUGAAAAUGGCAGAAGGCGGGCCGGCCCGGAAAAAGUCUUUUUUGGGCUUGACCUUAUUUUUUGGGGCCUGGGUUGGGGCUCCAGAUUUGCAAUUUUAGGCCCGGCCUCGGCCAACUUUAUCGGUUCCGGGCUAUGAGAUUGAAGAUUGUUGCCCCGAUCCCCUUCAAAAUUUUUUUUUCAUCUUGAAACGAAAAAUUGGGAUGCCAAUUUUGGCUUCUUGGCAUUAUGCAACAAGAUGUAUUUGUGGCCCUAUAAGGAUCGAAAACAUUUUUUUGCUGUUCGAAGAGUUGCUGGCAACGAUAAAACACCCUGAAAACCAGCCAAAAACAUAAUACGAAAAUAUCGCCGAAAUGGCAUAAUUUUUCACAUUAAAAAUUAUUGCCCCCGGAAAAGCCAAAAAGUCCGGCCCUUUAGUCAUGUAAAAGUAUUUGAGAAGAAAAUGAAAAUUUUCUUCAGUUGACAACAUCUCCGGCCCCAAUUCGAUGGCAAUUCACCUGUUUCCAAGGUUGAGUGAGACCAACUUGGGCUACCAUGAUAUCCAUUGGAAUUACGAUUGGCUGAGCAAUAUCAGCUUGAAGGAUUCGGCCGGGUUGGAGCCGAGCAAAGCUAUGGUAAGUCCCGGAGCUCCAAAAAAAUAUCCAAAAAACGGGGAUUUAGUUUUUGCUAUUAGUCUGUCGGGAAAAUAAUGAGCACUCUGUCGAAAAUCGAAUUUCAGUCGAGAAAAUGAAUUGUGUCGCAGCAUAAGCAGAUUGAUUUUUCUUCAUCGACGCAAUCGGCGCAGCGACAUUGCGCUUAUUAUUUUCCCGACAGACUGUUAGUUUUCCAAGAUUUUUUUUAUUUCAUUUUUUUUUUUUUGAGUUUUCAAUUUUACUAACCGUGAAAUUUCUAAAUUUUUACCAGUUUCACAUAGCUUCCCUAAAAUUUCGUUUCAAACAUAAAAUCCGUCGAUACGAGGCGUAGUACAAGCGGAGACCCAAAAAAAAGUUGCCAGAAGUGUCUACGUGGUCUGCAAAAGCCGUUGGUUGCUUGGCGGAUGCCAUGCGAAGGCUCGGCGGACGCUUGGCGAAGACUUUCAACAUGUCCACAUUUUAUAAUUUUAGUUAUUGCUAACGUUAAUUUUCCUUAUCCUGGGUUAUUGUGACAUACAAAAGACCAAAAUUUGCGGGAAAAAACAAAGAUCCGUAAAUUUUAUCUGAAUAUUAUUGCAAUAGUACACGUCAAACACCUCAAACUAGGUGAUAAACUAUCCUAGGACCCGAUAAACUGUGAUAUUUCGCUUGAAAACAUUUUUUUCAGGACCUCCGCCUCUUCAAACGGCACGUCCGCGUCUCGCACAUCUUCAAAUUCCACAAACUCCAGUACACGGGAAAGCAGCCGCAGGACCCGGAAACGCGCGAAAUCGAAUCCUUUUUCAUAAAAUUGAGUCUGGUCGACCGAGAGCACGACUUGAAGUGCGUCUCCAACGAAUUCCAACUCCCCAUCGAGGCGCAUCAUCCCCGAAUUUCGCUGGCUUCCUGGUGCUCAAACGCCGUUAUGUACUCGGCACUGGUCCGGUCGAAUUAUCGACAGCCGGAAGUCGUUUUGAAAAUCGAAUUGUUCCAUCAGAAUGUCAGCUGUGGAACGCAUGAGAUCAAGUUGCUGAACAGCGACGGGAAUUGCUGCAUUCAGGUGGGGGUUGGUUUGGGGAAUUUUGAUAUCAGUCUGUCGGGAAAAUAAUGAACAUAAUGUCGUUGUGGCGCCGUAGUGAAAAAAAAAUAAUUUUGCGGCGACACAAUUAAUUUUCUCAGCGGCGAUGCAAUUUUUGAUGCGACAGAGCCCUCAAUAUUUUCCCGACAGACUGAUAAAAAACUGUGAAACUGGUAAAAUUUAGAGAUUUAAAAACUAAUAUAUGUAAUAAAAUUCAAAAAAAUCGAAUUUUUUUGGGAAACUAUCAGUCUGUCCGGAAAAUAAUGAGCACAAUGUGGUUCCGCCAACUGCGCCUCUGAAGCGAAAAGCCAUUUUUCGGCGACACAAUUCAUUUUCGGAGCGGCGAUGAAAUUUUUGAUGCGACAGAGUCCUCAUUAUUUUCCCGACAAGCAGAUAAAAAAUAGGCUAGAAAUUACGUAUGUAUAGUCUGGCGGGAAAAUAGCGUGUCUUGCGUCGCGUACGAUUCCCAUUUAUUCGCAGCGACAAGUCAUUUUUUUCAUAAAAAAGCACAGAAUUUGGGGCUGCGACAAAUUUCAGUGGGGGACCUGAUCCAGUGGUAAAAAACGUGCCAUUUUGCAUCCGGGAAGGAUUAAAAAUGUGGCAAAAUGCUUCCCUCUCCAAUUGAAAAAAAACUUCGUUUUGAAGGGCGUGCUCUUUCCCUCACAAAAAGAGCGGAAGCGCUUUUGAAUUUGGAGUUUUUUUCCACUUGUAGAGGGAAGCAUUUUGCCACAUUUUUGAUACUUCCCGUAUGCAAAAUGGUACGUUUUUUGCCAUUGUAUCAGGCCCCCCACUGGAGGCAGCUGUACAAAAAAACUCUCUUAACCCUUUUUUCUCACAGUGUAUGUCGCCGAAAUCGCUAUAGUGACCUUGCGAACGGACUAUCAGUCUGUCGGGAAAAUAGUGAGCACUCUCUGUCGCAAGUCGCAUCGCUGCCGAGAAAAUGAAUUGUGUCGCGGAGAAAAUCAAAUUGCUUUUCACUUCAGCGACGCGAUCGGCGCAGCGACUAGAUUGUUACAGGAACCAUCGAGAUUUUUGAAUCAAAAAAAAAAAUUUUUUUUCCCGCAAACGACAUUUUCUUAAGGCGAAGUUGGUCAUAUUGGAAGCUUUAUAAAAGUCGUGAUAUAAAGCCCUACCACAUGAAACAUAUAUCAGUAGAUAGCGUUUUAAGCGUUCUUUCAUAUGGUCUAAACAGAAAUUGCGAAAUUUUAUCUCAACCUGUGAAAAACGCAAAACAAAAAAACGACAAAGUCAUACUUCUAAACCUAAUAUUUCACAUUUCCAGGUAAAUAAGGCCAACCCGAUGCAAUUCACGGACUUCAAGCUUCAAUUGGAAGUCACCGAGAACACUUCCAAAUCCUACCCGAAUGCUGAUUUCUUGCCGGACGUCCUGAUCUGCCCCGAAAGCUGGAUCGACCUCAUCAUGCAAUACCGAAAGAUUUGCGCCGAAGUCCUGGCGAAUCGGGAAUUGUCGCCGUUUCCCAGCAGUAAGUACUACAGCUUCUCCAAAAAGUGCGUAGAAUUCUUCUCUUACAAGCUGGCGUUUUGCAGGGGCUGCUGAGAUAUUCAACCAAUUUUGCGGCCGAGGGAGACCGCAAAGUGCGGAGAGUGCUCGGAGAGAAAACAAUUUUUGGCCAGGUCUUUGCCAGUUUCUUGCGGAAAAAAUUUGUUUUUUUUUGUGGGAACAUUACUCUCUGCAGUAGAAAUCGGUCUGAAACUUUUCUUGCCAAAAUUUGCGAAAAAGUGGUGAUUUUUUGCCAACUUUCGACCUAAAAAUCUCUGUCGUUUCUGCAAAACGCGAGCUAGGAAUCUUACAUGUACUCUUAGAAUUUUUUUUCUGAAUUUGUGCCAAGUUUUAUUAAAAUCUGAGCGUCGCACUUUGAGGAACUCCCUUAUUUAUCAGUCUGUCGGGAAAAUAAUGAGCACAAUUUCACUACGCCAGUCGCAUCGUUGAAGUCAAAAGCAAUUUGAUUUUGCCGCGACACAAUUUAUUUUCUUGGCGACAGAGCGCUCUUAUUUUCACGAUAGACACUGACAAGAACUUUUUUUGAUCCCCUCUGAUUUGUUGUGCAGACUGUAGUUACACUUGCACUUUUCAGCCUACAUCAUCGACCCGAUUGUUGCGACUUUCCCCUACGCUUGUGAGCAGCCCCGUUUGAUUAACGUCUUCAUCAGGGAAUUGAAACAACGGCCGGUAAGUCACAAGCCAAAAAAGUUGCGUUAUAAGUGAUUACAAAAUAUUUUGGUUGUAAUUAUAUUUUGACGGUGAUAAAAAAAAGAUAAAAAACCAGUUGUUCGAUCACAUCCUACCUUCACUUUUUGAAGGGUUGUUUUGGUAAUAUCAAUCUGUCGGGAAAAUAAUGAGCAUUCUGUCGCAUCGAAAAUCGCAUCGUCGCCGAGAAAAUGAAUUGUGUCGCGACAAAAUCAAAUUGCUUUUCACUUCAGCGAUGUGAUUGGCGAAGUGUCUAGCCGUCGCAAGGCGGCCAUCGGCAAUUUCAACGCGCGCCAAAUCCACAUUACUUUCCCGACGGACUGAUAAAAAUCAAAUUAUGCCUACAAAUCACUCCAGAGGUCGCUAGUAUCGCUUGCUUUAAGUUUAUCAAAAUAAUUUGCCAAGUUUCAUCCAAAUCUGAGCGUUGAACGUUGAGUAUUUACUUUUUCUUUAUCAGUCUGUCGGGAAAAUAUUGAGCGCAAUGUCGCUGCGCCGAUCAUAUCGCUGAAGUGAAAAGCAAUUUGAUUUUUCCACGACACAAUCCAUUUUCUCGACGGCGAUGUGAUUUUAGAGGCGACAAAGAGACAAUUAUUUUCCCGACAGACUGAUAAACGGUAGAACGGCGUCAAGUAGGAAAACGAUAAUUGAGAAAAAUAAAAUGAUUUUUUUUUGCUUUUUUGCCAAUCUGGCCCGAGAGUGAUGAGCCGGCUUAGAGGUGGCAAUCGGGCUGGCCGGGCCCGGUGAUUGGGCUGGGCCGGGCCGGGCCUGAGCAGAUUUGAAAAAGCCCUGGGCCGGCCUGACCGCUUCGGCCCACGGGCCGGGCCGCGACUUUCGGCCCGGCCCGGCCCGGAAGGUGGAAAAGUAAAAAAAAAAUUAAUAUUAAACCAGCAAAAUAAAGCACAAAUGCUUUGCAGAAUUGAUGCAUGGAUAUUAAAUUAAACCUUUUUGACCUAUAUGCUGUUUUACUAUCUUUUGAAACUCCUUAUAUCCUUGAUUAUGUAUAUGUAAAAUGCCACCUAAAUAUGCAAGGGUCGGGCGAAAAUCUUCGAAUUUUUAAUGAUAAACUUAAACAUUUCACUGUAAUUUGAUGACUUGAUGCAAAUGAAAGUGUUUAAGCAGUUUUUGAUUAAAAAUGUUGCCUUAUAACGCCCAUAUAUUUACAUAGCUAACUUCCUAUGGGAUAAAAAAAUCGGCACAAUCCAGCUUUUGGCUAGGUUUUAGGUACCUGCUCGGCUGUCCCAGUCGUCCGACUAGACGUUUUAAUUUCACUUAUACACACGUAUUAACCUUCUGGAAAGCAUAAAAACUUCCUAUAGAAAAUGCAAAGAGAUUUAUUCAACCUUUUUGUACUAGCGGGCCAAACAGGGCCGGGCCGGCCUGGGCUUUCACCGGGCCGGGCCGGGCCGGGCCUGAGCAAAUUUGAAAAAGCCCAGGGCCGGCCUGGUCACUUCGGCCCGCGGGCCGGGCCGCAAAAAUCGGCCCGGCCCGGCCCGAUUGCCACUUCUAAGCCGGCUCCUUUCAGUUUGGCCCGGGCCCCACCCGGAGCCAUAUCUGUUUUUGGCAGCAAGCCAUACGUCCCUAGAAUGCCACACUUUCUAAUUUCUAAUCAAAAAUUUUCAGACUGUUGAUGUCAACAUUUUCCGCGACGUUUACAUGAACUAUGUCUUCCCAUUUGUUCACACCGUCACUUUCACCAAUGACCAAAUGAUCUACGACUGUUUGAACAGCUUGCACGAGAACAAGAACGACUCCACGGCGUUUCUCUCCGCUCAAGAGUGCCGCCCCUUCUCGUUGUAUGAGCAUUCGGUGCAUUUGAGUGGAUCGCAUGGCUUGGAAUAA